ACUUUCAGAUAUUGCAGCCUGAAUUACUGAUCAAUGAUACAAAAACACUUAGUGCUAUGUAAAGUACACCAUACUGCUGGUCCCGACGAGACUGGCGUCAGUUUGUGACWCAGCCAAGAAAAGUGAAGAUGCGUGUGAGUUUCUUUAUUGCUUUGCUUGGGCUGUUGGUUGGCAGCACUUUAGCCGCGAUYGAGGACGACCCGAUYGAUGCAAUCCCYCUUAGUGAWGAAGAAUUAGAUGAYGAACUGCGACAACUCAAAGARGACACUCACCCAUCGUUUGAUGAAAUAAAGGAGAAACUUGAAGAGACCGGAAUAUUGAGACAUGAAAGGGUYAUUGGCCUUUUCCCUCGAAGCCACCGGUCGAACUUUACAGGCAACUCUACAACGGCUUCUCCAACAAAUAAACCAAAUUCUACACAGCCAACCCCAACAACGUCGAGGUUUCGUACCACUACAACGUUUCGUACCACUACAAGGUUUCGUACCACUCGAAGGUUUCGUACCACUCGAAGUCGAUUCUUUUCAACAACCAUGCGACCUUUUACGACCAGGCGACCUUUUCCAGUUCUAAAUCGUCCCAUGUGCCUUGAGUAUAAUUGGAGACCUCGUGUUUUUCAAUUUGGAAACACCGUGUCCCUUCUAAUUCACGACUUCACCUGUAGAGGAAGUUGUGGGCGCUGUGGGAGGAUUGUUGGAUUUUGCAGAAAGACCUACACCUGGAUCACUCUUCGAGCUCUUUUUCAUGGAAGGUACCUCAGCAAGUUCACUAGGCUGUGGAGCUUUGGAUGGUAUUGGUCUUGGAAAUCAGUCCAAGUCCCAUCAUGUUGUAAAUGUUACAGUAGAUACCCUUAACUCAGUCUUGCUUGAUCUUCCUGCGUGCGCUUUCCUAGCUUWAUCGUAGAGUCGGUCCAAAUCAAUAAUAAUUAAUACUACAACGAUAUGUUAACAAGUCCUUAGUUUCAAUACAAAUGACUUGAACUCAAUUUAAAUUUUUCCACAACUCUUCAAUUCAAUAGAGAAAAGACAUCAAUUCUAGUAUAAAAAUACAUGAUCAAUUCGUUCAUCCAUCAUUUCUGUAUCUUUGAUUUCGCGUUUUACUUCUAAAUUAAGUUUCGCAAGGAUAACAUAAAAGGUUUUAGGUCAAUAUUACAUACCACAAUCUCCGCCAUUACAUUCAAGUUGUACUGAACACUAAACCGUUUUCAACAUUAAACAAAAUAAACAGCAUUAUUGUA